AUGGCAGUCACCGAGGUCAAUGAGAAGACGGCCGCUGUCGACUCGCCACGGAGCAAAUCCCCGACCUCCGUCGACGCCGACUCCGCCGCGGGGCAUCUCGUCGAGGAGAAGCCCAAGCUCACAUGGAAGUCGUAUGUCUGGGAUACCCUGGACAAGUCUCCCGAGGAGCGCAAGUUCAUGUUCAAGCUCGAUGCCAUCAUCCUCACCAUGGCAUCGCUCGGGUACUUCAUCAAGAACCUGGACCAGAUCAACAUCAACAACGCCUUCGUGUCUGGUAUGAAGGAGGACAUGCAGCUUUUUGGCAAUGAGUUGAACUAUAUGCAAACUUGUUGGACUGUGGGAUAUGUUCUUGGGGAGAUUCCAAGCAAUCUACUCCUCACCCGUGUCCGUCCCUCAAUCUGGAUCCCCGCCUGCGAAACAACCUGGGCAGUUCUCACUAUCCUCAUGAUCAAAUGCACAAACACCACUCAGCUCUACGUCCUUCGCUUCUUCAUCGGCCUCGCCGAGAGCACUUUCUACCCCGGCAUGCAGUACAUCAUCGGCUCCUGGUACCGCAAAGACGAACUAGCUAAGCGAUCCUGCAUCUUCCACGCCAGCGGUAGCAUAGGAUCCAUGUUCAGUGGCUACCUCAUGGCAGCCGUCUACAACCUCGAUGGCGUUCACGGCUGGAAGGGCUGGCAAUGGCUCUUCAUCGUCGACACCGUCAUCUCGCUUCCCAUCGCCCUCGCCGGCUUCUUCCUCUUACCGGACGUCCCCGAGAUCGCCAAGGCGUGGUACCUCAGCGACGACGACAUCGCGCUCGCCCAAAAACGGAUGCAACUCGAGGGCCGCGCUAACCGCCAACCCUUCACGAAAGCAAAGCUCAAGAAAAUCUUCACCAGCUGGCACCUAUACACCCUCACGGCGCUGUACAUAUUCUUCAACAACGGCUGCGGUCUUCUUGGCCAGCCGGGCUUCCAGCUCUGGCUCAAGGGCGCGGGUUACAGCGUCAAGGAGGUCAACACAUACCCGACCAUCACAUCCGCCAUCGUGGUCGUCACGACGCUGAUAUACGCGUGGUCUUCCGACACGGUGUUCAAGGGCGCAAGGUGGCCGCCGAUUGUGUUCUCGGGUCUGGUGCAGAUUGUCAUCUACUCGAGUCUCACGGCGUGGGAUAUCCCGAUCGCGUGGAAGUGGGGAUGCUUCCUUUUGGCAGGGUUUGGGGGUGGCAUCAGCGGGUUGACAUUUGCUUGGGCGCAUGAGAUCUGUAAGGAUGACAAUGAAGAGCGCGCGCUGGUGACGGGAUCGAUGAACCAGAUGGCGUACGUGUUCCAGGCAUGGCUGCCGCUGCUCAUCUGGCAGCAGGUGCAGGCGCCGCAAUACCCAAGGGGAUACCCUACGAUGGUGGCGCUAAGUGUCGGGCUCAUUGGGACGUCGUUCUUGAUUCGGUAUCUUCAUCGGAGGGAGCUGGGAAAGAAGGUAUUGGCGGUUGCGGCUUGA